UUUGAAGCAAAUAAAUAUCUCAUUACGCUUUCACUCUAUGACAUCAAGAAGGACAACCCGAUGCUACCACCACCGGGCUCAAUCGUGACGGUCGUGCCGACUAAGCUCCGCUUCUACAACGACUGCUUCCAAAUCGACAGCAAGCUCCACAUGAUCGCGACGAUCGCGCCACCUUGA